AUGGAGCCUCGUGAACCUCUGACCCUGCAAAUAAUAGUAAGUUUUUCUCUGCAAGAGCAUCAAAAUAGACAAAACAUUUAAUAUUUAGUGUAACAGAAAAGUGAUGUUCCAACUUAUGGAUAUAUAUUGGAGACGAAUAGGAGAGGAACGAAUGAAUAGAUCUGUAUUUAUGCCACCUAGAUUAGUAGAAAUGGUUUCAAUUCUAUCAAAGACACAGGUAAUAUCAACAACAAAAAAUUGGUUUUGAACUCAAAAAUGAAAAGAUUAUCUUGAGAAAACCUUUGAUUUCGCAAUCUUCUUUUUGGAAAUAAUUUUUUUCCCUUUUUCCAUGUCUUUGCAGGUGUGCAAAAAUAAGAAAAUAGUGUGAAAAUAAGAAGACAUCAGACAACUAAAGACGAUAAUUUUCAGAAAGCCUACCACGGAUUCUUAUGCAAAUCGUAUAGACGUUUCUUGGUCGAAUCAGAUUGUUAUAAAGAUUUUCCAUCUCUUACAAGGAAAGGUUUUCAAUGUUCCCCCAAGGAAAAAAUCGAGAGUAUGUGGAAUGUUGAGGGUUCCCAUGGGUAAGAAAAACCCUAACGGGAAUAAGGAGAAAAAUGCCUUGUUUUAGAAAAUUUUGGUGUUAUUGAUUUUUGCGAUGAAAUUUUUUUAGAAAAAUCGAAACUUUUCAAAAUUGAUGAAAAAUGUCAGUCUAAAAAUCCAUUUGUAGCGCAAACGGCGUACUUUAGUAUUACUUCGACUAAAAUUAGGAAUAAAAUAAUUUUGGUCCCAAAAGUCCACUAAAUCAAAAAUCCAGUUUGAAAAAUUCAUAGAAAAUCAACGUUUUCGUUGUGAAGGAGAAGUUUGUGUGAAUCGAGAUUAUGAUUUUUGGAUUCUACGGACCAAAUUACGUCUGUUGACCGUCAUAAAUUUUUCAAGUUCCGUUCAUUUGAAAAUGGAAAAAAUUAUUUUUUGUGUUUUUUGGUGACCAUUUGAUCAGAAAAACCCCGACUAAAAAAACCAAAUUUCAAAAAAAGUCUAAUUUUUUGAUAAAAAGUUUCACAAACACGUAAUCGACCAUUCUGAACAACUUCCACGACUCAAAAAGUUCAUGAAAUAGAUUCAAAAUCGAGUUACAGAUGCUCUAAAAAUCAAAAAAUGGUGUAAAAAUCGACCUAAAAUUCAUUUUUUCUCGAGAAUAAGGCAUUUUUCUCCUUAUUCCCGUUAGGGUUUUUCUUACCCACGGGAACCCUCAACAUUCCACAUACUCUCGAUUUUUUCCUUGGGGGAACAUUGAAAACCAUUCCUUGUUAAAGCAAACAACAUGUUUGAUAUGAAACAAAUAUUCAUGUUUAUGGUUGAAAUGAAUCGAAGAGGUUGGUCAAAAUAUUUUUUUGUUAGAAAAAUUCUGAAAAAUUUUUUUCAGGAUUUCUCGUGUAUGAAAAGAAAAAGUCAACAGGAACUGCCAAAUGA